AUGCCGAUAUGUAUUGAAUGUCGAUAUCCGGUGGCGACGCUGUAUACGACGUACAGCAAAGCCGAUGACAAGGCUCUUGGAAAGGGCGUGCGUCUGACGCAAUGUCCGCGCUGCAAACGCUUCGCCGACAAAUAUGUCGAACACGAUUUCGUGGUGUUGUUCAUUGAUUUGGUCUUGAUCAAGCCGCAGGUCUAUCGACAUCUACUUUUCAACCGACUUGGCAGAGAAGACGACACCCUAGAUCCAUCUAUCAAACGACUAGGCGUCCUCCUCCUCCUAUUCGACGUCUACCUAACCUGGGCCCGAAUCGAAAAAGCCACGCCCUCCUCUCCAACCCUACCACUAUCUCCACCACCACCACUCCCACCCUUCCAAUCUGGAUCCAACUCCUCACUCUUCACGCCACCGGAUCUCAUCGACCACUCGUCCAGCUACCUCGCCUCUCAACCGAUCCUCAUCCAAUACAUCUUCUUCCUCAUCCUCUGCACCGUGGAAACAGCCUCUUUCCACCUCCCCAUCAUCUGGCUAUUAUCCUUCCGCUUCCCACGACCUCUCAGCUCCGCGAUUCCACACUACCCGCACUCGGCUCUCAUCAGCACGGCUUUACUUGUUAGCAGCUUCACAAAGCUUUUCCCGCUGAUGUUGUUGGUUUGGAAGUACGAUCUUCCCAGCAGCGCGAGUGCAGUCAGUUGGGCGGUCAUUAUCAAUAACGUGGCGGCGCUAGAAAUUCUACUAGAUUGUGGGUAUGUGAGAGCGGCGGCUUUGGCUGCUGUGGGCGCUGUGUUUAGAGCUGGUAUUGGAUGGGGGAUUUUAAGAGUGGUUGGCAUUCAUGGCGGCGCUGCUGCGGCUGGCGUCGUGGAGACGGGAGAUUUGAUUGUUGUCUGGCGGACGCUUGUCGAGACUCUAGGCUUGGGCUGA